AUGUCUCAAGUUACUCCACUCGAUCAAUCCAUCACUUUGAAUAAUGGUACCAAGAUGCCAAUCUUUGGUUUAGGUACUUGGUUAUCUGCUCCAGGAGAAGUUUCACGUGCUGUUGAAUUUGCUCUCGAACAAGGCUAUCGUCAUAUUGAUUGUGCAGCCAUCUAUAGAAACGAACAGGAAAUUGGUGAAACCUUUGAUAGACUCUUUAAUACUGAAAAGAAGUUUAAUCGUUCCGAUGUUUAUGUUGUUUCCAAGCUUUGGAAUACUUUCCACAAGAAGGAACAUGUUAGAAAGGCUUGUCUUCAAACCUUGAGUGAUUUAAAGUUAGAUUAUUUGGACAUGUACUUGAUUCACUGGCCUUUCAAUUUCAAAUAUGUUGGUGAUGAUAUUAAGAAGGAUGAAAAUGUUUUCCCAAAGGAUGAAAAUGGAAAGAUUGCUAUGGAAGCUGUUCCACUCAGAGAAACAUGGGAAGAAAUGGAAAAACUUGUUGAUGAUGGUUUGGUCAAGUCAAUUGGUAUUUCAAAUUUCCCAAUUGCUCUUGUUUAUGAUUUGUUGACUUAUGCCAGAAUUAAGCCAGCUGCUAAUCAAGUUGAAUGUCACCCAUACCUUAAUCAACGUAAAUUGAAGCAAGCUCUUGGUGAUAUUGCUUUGGUUGCUUAUUCUCCACUUGGUCACUUUAAUGAAAGUUCACCUGUUAACAAUCAAACUGUCAAGUCUUUGGCUGAAAAGUUAGGAAAGACUCCUGCUCAAAUCUUGUUGAAGUGGUCUACUCAAAGAGGAUGUAUUGUUAUUCCAAAGUCAACUAAGGAAGAAAGAAUUAUUGAAAAUAGCAAGAUCUUUGAUUUUGAAUUGUCAAGUGAAGAUAUGGAAUCUCUUGAAGGUUUGGAAAAGAACAAUCUCACUAGAACUUGUGAUCCAAUCAAUUUCUGGAGUCUUCCAUUGUUCGAUUAA